GCAGGCAGGGCCUUUUAGGGCUUAAGCCACAAUCGCAUGUGGAUGUCUAUAGAGAAGUAUGUGUGUGGCUUUGGAUACAGGAGUGUUUGAGCCGCGUGCCAGCAGCCGUGGGUAGAGCAAAUAAAGUUACGGCUUUUUCGACAUAAGAGGUGUAGUAGUGUAUCAGAGUUUUUGGAAGGAACGAACAGUUGUGUUCACGGAGAGAGACGAAAGGAAACUCAUCCCGGGUUAGUCCUGCCUUUCCACCAUGGUAAACCAUGUUCAACUGACAGAUGGUGCUGGUCACCUGUCCAAGGGUGACUCCAGUGGUACAAGCAGUUCUAGUGGGGGAGAGAGCUCUAAGGAGAGUUCACGCUCUUCCACUCCAGUCCUCGAUGCUGACCGGACCGACCGUUUACGAGAUAAAAUGCGCCGCCGGAUUGACUCUGGUGACAAGUGGUUUUCACUGGAGUUCUUCCCUCCACGAACUGCAAAUGGAGCGGUUAACCUAAUAUCCAGAUUUGACCGCAUGGGGGCAGGGGGUCCACUGUUUAUUGAUGUGACUUGGCAUCCUGCUGGAGAUCCUGGAUCGGACAAAGAGACUUCUUCAAUGAUGAUUGCUAGCACAGCACUCAACUACUGUGGCCUAGAAACAGUACUUCAUAUCACUUGUUGCAAUCAGAGUAAAGAAAGAAUCACUGAACACUUAAAAAAGGCUAAACGUCUGGGUCUCAAAAACUUAAUGGCAUUACGAGGUGACCCUGUUGGUGAAGAGUGGGAAGAAGAAGAGGGAGGUUUCAGCUAUGCCACGGACCUUGUAAAGCACAUUCGCUGUGAAUUUGAAGAUUAUUUUGAUAUUUGUGUUGCUGGCUAUCCAACUGGACAUCCAGAAGCGGAAAACUAUGAGCAAGACCUGAAACAUCUCAAAGAGAAGGUGGAUGCUGGUGCGGACUUCAUCAUAACUCAGUUGUUCUUUAGGCCUGAGACCUUUUUGAAGUUCCUGAAAGAUUGUCGUGCGAUUGGGAUUUCUUGCCCUAUUCUACCAGGAAUAUUUCCCAUUCAGGGAUACCAGUCUCUACGACAGCUGGUGAAACUUUCCAAGCUGGAAGUACCAGAAGAGAUCAAGGGAGUAAUUGAGCCAAUCAAAGACAAUGAUGCAGCAAUCCGUAACUAUGGCAUUGAUCAGGCAGUGGAUAUGUGCAAAGUUUUGCUGGGCAGUGGUGAGGUGCCCGGACUUCACUUUUACACCUUAAACAGAGAGGUGGCCACCAUAGAGGUGUUGAGGAAGCUGGGAAUGUGGCGUGAAGACCCAAGGAGACCUCUACCUUGGGCUGUGAGUGCUCAUCCUAAACGGAAAGUGGAAGAUGUAAGACCUAUCUUCUGGGCAUCUAGACCAAAGAGUUACAUCUAUAGGACACAAGAAUGGGAUGAAUUUCCCAAUGGAAGAUGGGGUAACUCUUCCUCUCCUGCCUUUGGGGAGUUGAAUGAUUACUAUCUGUUCUACUUGAAGAGCAAGUGUCCUCGGGAGGCGCUGCUGCAAAUGUGGGGUGAGGAGUUGAAGAAUGAGCAGAGCGUUUUUGAGGUUUUUACCAACUAUAUCUCUGCAAAACCCAAUGCUUCUGGAAAUAAGGUGGCUUGCUUGCCAUGGAAUGAUGAUCCUCUAGCUCAGGAGACAAACCUCCUCAAAGACCAACUAGAGAAGGUCAACUGCCGUGGAGUACUGACCAUCAAUUCCCAGCCUAAUAUCAAUGGGAAGCCCUCUACUGACCCUGUUGUGGGAUGGGGACCAGCUGGCGGCUAUGUCUUCCAAAAGGCUUACUUGGAAUUUUUUACCUCUAAUGAGAAUGUCACUGCACUUCUAAAAGUGCUUAAAAAAUAUGAGCCACGGGUUAAUUACCACAUUGUUGAUGUGAAGGGUAAGAACAUAACAAAUGCUCCUGACAUGCAGCCCAAUGCAGUUACCUGGGGCAUCUUCCCAGGCAGAGAGAUUGUUCAGCCAACUGUUGUGGAUCCUGUUAGCUUCAUGUACUGGAAGGAUGAAGCAUUUGCCCUUUGGAUUGAGCAGUGGGCCAAGUUGUAUGAGGAGGAGUCUCCCUCCAGGAUGAUUAUUCAGUAUAUACAUGACAACUACUAUCUGGUCAAUUUGGUGGACAAUGACUUUCCCCUGGAGAGCUGCCUGUGGCAAGUCAUCGAGGACAUGUUUGACCUUGUGAACUCCACUGUUGAGCAUGCCAUUUAGUGGUGAGGAUGCCCCAGAAUAGCAUCAGGUCACCUUUCUUGGGUUAAAGUUGACAUGUUUGAAUAUAAGUUCUCAAGAGACAACACUGGAGCAGGACUAACACUCCUUCACAGAACAACUGCAUAAAGAUGUUGAUGACAGACUACUUUAAAAAUUAAUAAGUUUCUAAUUUUUACUAUUUUUACUUGUUUUAUUGUGAAGCAACUAUUCAUGCAACAGUUGAAGAGUCCAAAAACCCUUUCUGAAAAUUUCAGCCACAACACCUCCAGACGAUUAGACAUCAUUUGUGUUUUUAAACCACUCUUCCCAUUGAACGCACAGAUUCUGCAGAGGGCCAAGAAUGAGAGCACUAUAAUGUGCAGUGGAGAUGUCAAAGAGACCGAAGAGUUAAGUGGCUAUUUGGGGUCCAGCUCUGCUCUUUUUUACCUGCUGCUAAAAUUGAUAAGGGUCAGUAUGUGCCUCAGAGUGGAGUGUGGCUCUUACGAGCUUUUACCCAAAUUAAACUGAUAUUUGACCCCCAUUAAACAAAACUGUGGCAGCAAGUAACCAUGGGUCAGACUUUUAUUAUCCUGUUGUUCUAUUGUUGAUAUUUAUUCAUUGUUUAGGAUGAAUAGGAACAGAAUUUUAGCCUGACCAUUUUUAAUUUCUGUAUAUGAAAUUUAUUUAUUUGAAAAUCAGAAACCGUUUGGAAGCAUGGCAUGAACAUUGUGUUUAUUCUAAUGAAGCAGCACAAUAUUCGCAACAUAAAUACAGCACAAGUUUUUGUAAGGUAAGGUAUUUAAGAUGCUUUCUAUCUAAAGACUGUCAUAUGUGCAGAUCAGACUAUCGUGUAUCUAAUUCAGGUUUUCAGUGGGUUGAAACCUUUGUAUGCAGCACUGGGUGCAAGGCAGGAACCAGCCUUGGAUGGGGGUUAUAUUCAUGCAUGCAUUAAUACAUAUGGGGCCGGUUUAGAAGUGCUAAAUAAGCUAACACGCACCACUUUAAGAUGUGGGAGAAAAACCCAGGCAGACACAGGGAGAGCAUGCAAUGUCCACACAGAUAGCAAGGCAAUAUGGGAAUUCCACCCAGGCUGUGAGUUUACAGAUACUCAUUGUGCUUCUGUGUGGAACUUUUGCUGGACAUAUUGUGGUUAUUUUAGCAGCUUGUCAUCUGAUAAUGGUGUGUGUUUGCCUUCUUUAGAGUAUAUUGGAACAAAAAGAAUACCAACAUAAGAAUUAAAUUUGCAGCAAAACAAGGGCCUUCAGCAUUCAGGGGUUCAGUAUCGGAAUAGCAGGUGAAUAGAGAGGGUAAUGGGAGUAAUAAAGAAGGACCACAUGAGGAGUGAAGACUGCAGACACGGGGUGAAUAGUAAUUUUAUCUCCCUAAUAGUAAGCUAUUCAUUUUUGUGAUUUUAAAAAAGUAAUGGAUAUACAAAAUAGUCCCUCAAGGUUUCAGUUCUUUUUGGUAUUUUGACACACCAUGUAAAACCCAUUAAUGAAUUUUUGUCCUUCUGUUUUGUUUAUUGAGUUUUUCCUGUUUGUGCAAUUAAAAUCCUCAGUUACUGUGAUGUCCCUUA